UCUUGAGCGCUGCACGCUAUUAGUGAGCGCAGCGACAGGAAUAAACAUUAUUCGUGUGUGUUUCACAUUUCUCUUCUAUGAUAUCGAGAUCAUAGUGUGCUAGUGCAGUGGUGUAAAUGUGAUCUGUUAUUUUUCAAGAAUUUUUGGUUCACUUAUGAUCCACAUACUGAAGCAUGAUUAGUCGAAUCGUGUAUUGAUGAUUUACGGAGCUUCGAAUCGGAAUAAAAUCUCUUAUCAUCGAAACUGAACCGUCCAGUGUGAUAGAAUGACAGACAGACUCUCGCGGUACACACUGUUACUUAUUUUACCAACAGUUUUGUUGGCUAAAACGCUGAAAAAUGGGAGGCAAAUACCCUAUAGUUUGAAUUCUGAGUGGAAAGCGUUGUAUUACAUUAACCCGGAGGAGCUAGAUCGUGUGAAUGAAGCGAGUGAAAAUAACACUAUAUCGAACGUCACGGUCCAGUUAGGCGGUACUGCCUUCUUGCACUGCAAGCUCCGCAAUUUAGCUGAGAGGACUAUCUCUGAUACCGAAGUUUCGUGGAUUCGAAGACGCGAUUGGCACGUAUUAACAAGCUCGACAUUCACUUACACGAACGACGAGCGCUUCCAAGUGUUGCACCCUGAGGGCUCUGAUGACUGGACUCUACAGAUCAAGUACGCGCAACAAAGAGACAAUGGAACGUAUGAAUGUCAAGUAUCUAGAAGUACCGGGAUAAUAUCGCAUUUUGUUAAUCUAAAUAUUGUUAUACCUGAAGCUUUUAUAUUAGGAAGUGAAGAACAUCACGUUGACGUAGGAUCAAUUAUAAAUCUUGUGUGUAUCAUAGAAAAGAGUCCAACGCCACCUCAGUAUGUUUUCUGGUAUCACAAUAAUCGCAUGAUAAAUUAUGACACAACCCGAGGGAGCGUUGUAGUACAAACAGAGCCCAGACCAACGCAGAGCCGACUCACAAUUCACCAUGCGGUCGAAUCGGAUACGGGUAAUUACACGUGCAGUGCUUCUAAUACAAAACCUGCUUCAAUCUUCGUUUUUGUGACCGAAGGAAAUAACAUGGCAGCAAUUUUGCGCAGUUUGAAUUCCGGUUUCCAAUGGAAUAGCUGUCAAGUAUUGAUGAUUCUCCUGCUGGUGCUGCAGCUGUGGGCACACUAAUCUUUCCACAAAGAAAAAAAAUUCCCCGACGAAACCAAAGUAGAACAAGUAAGGAAAUUGGCCUGAAUCGAUGACUGGUUCAUCAACGUUCUCAUGUACGGAUUCAAUCAGCCAUUAGCGCCGUCAAUCUGAACGUGCAUGUUUGUAUAGGCAUACGGUGAUAGUUUGUCAAUAGAUUUGACAAGCCUGUUACACAACGAGAUUAUCUCGCUGACUGUCGAACAUCUGAAUCAGAUGUGAAAAUUCCUGUGAUAUUAAAAAUUAUUUUAAUGAUGUUGAAUACAAUGUAAUUGAUUUUAAUAAAGAAUUUG